GGGGUGUAUUCUCCCAACCUCGCACGUGCGCUCUGGUCGGUUCCGUUUUCGUUGGCGGCCGCAACUUGUCUCCGCACGCCGCACCAACUUCCCGGCCGGUGCUUUCGUGCGCGUUCGUCGUCCCGUAGGGCGAGGUGGCACUGAACCCCCCCACCCCGAGUCAAGCCACGCGAAGUUUGCGCGUCCUAUUUGCUUUCGGUGGCGAUCGCCGAUGAUCGGGUGAGAAUUAUAUAUUUCAUGCCCGCGCGCACGCACGCACUACGGACGCUCGGUGCCGAAAAAGAGAGAAGAGGAGGCUGAAAAAGAACGGAGGAGUCGAGGCCAGUGCCCUCUGAAUGGAAGCGGUACCGUUGCCCGCCCGGACCUGAGGAGCUCCGAUCCGAAUGUCGGCCACACAUUAUGAAGACUACAAGGCGGCCCACAGAGUACAUUGCCCCGGGGCUGCCAACACCGGGGGUCGUACCACUUCGGGCCCGGUGGCACCGUCUCUGGUGGACUACUUUCCACAGGCUGCCGGCGACGGGCUCAAGGUGGUCUGGGAGCAUGCCGUCAACAGCCGGCAGCGGCUAGCGAUGGCCUUGCGAGGACCUGGCAUGAUUCUCGAAGGAGACGUCAGCAUGGGUGCCAGCGGUCGUUACCCAGUGCCUGUCAUGGCGCACCCAUCCGUUACAGCAGCCUUCGGCAAUGGUGGUGGGAAUGGCGACUUGACACUGGACGAGUGGCUGCAUGAAUUGGCCCUAUGCGGCAUGCCUAAGGGUGCCAAGCUCGACUUCAAGUCUACUGAGGUCGUUGAACCUGCCUGCCGUAUCCUGGCACGCUACAUUGACAAGUUGCAAGGGCCUGUGGUGCUGAAUGCCGAUGUGCUGCCAGGACCAGACUGUGCGGCUGUGCCUCCUGUGGAUGCCUGGACUUUCUUGACUCUCUGCCGAACCCGUUUCCCUCGCUCCAUCAUUUCCCUCGGCUGGACUACCCAGGAAGGCUCAUGCUUGAAGAUGGGGUACACGCGGGAUAUGGUCGAGAGCAUGGGAGCUCUGGUUCGAGAGUACAACCUUGGUCAACCCGUGAGCUUUCCUGUGUGGCUGCCUCUGGCACGUCGUUCACUGGGCGACCUUCAGCGGCUGCUGGCACAAGUGCCUCGUUCUUCACUGACUGUGUUUGCCCGCCGUGGCGAGCCCUGGGCGGCCGCACUGCCAGAUCUCGCAGCUCUGCGCUCAGCCUUCAGCCCGUCACUCGUCUACUAUGACCUGCCACACGACCUGCUCCAGGCUUUUCUGCCACUCUGCUAGGUCAACUUUCUCAGACAUUGUCGUCCGGCCAUGUUCGUCGUCAACUUCGGCCAACUGUUGGAAGCCAGCGACCCAUCCAUGAGAAGGGCAUCCACAGCGUGUACCUGUGACGACGAAAGCAAUCAAGACACCUGUGAAACUUCCGGCAUCCAUGUUGCCUUGGGUGCUCUCCACACCGGUGUUUAUUUUAACAACAGUUUCGGCACCCAUAUAAUGCUGUUGGUCUGUUAUGUCACUCAGACUUAGUAGUACACCAGCUGCAAUUUCUGGAGAUUGUGCCAGGACGAUUUAUGCGAAGCAUGCCUGCCCACUGUAGCUGAGAGAUGGUAGUUUUGUCUGUGGCCAUGUUGAAUGUGUGAAGAGGGCUGUUGCUGUGCACACUGGAGAUGUUGGCACAACUGGCACAUCUUCACAACGAGCUUCAUAACUAAUACACACUGCACCUUGGAAAAAAAAAGACAGUGAACUUCAUUUUUGUUUGCUUGCACUUGCUGUAUGUACUGUGGCAAGCUUAGGCAUUGAGAUGCCUGCUGUUACACUGCAGCCAUGUGUGCAUGGUGCUUAGAUAUUGAAGCAAGUAAGUUGCGCCACAUAUAGGCAACCUUAGAAUGCUUUUCCAUUUUUUCGUCAGUUUUAUCAGACCCUGCGCUCCCCGAGCACCUUGACCAUGCAGCUAUUAUGGCAGCCUCGUGGCCUAUAACUGAGCUUAGAUAACUUAGCAAGUGAGGCUUGCAGCUUUCUGUCACACGGUUGCCAUUUCAUCUAGUUUUGAUUGUCUGGCGUAUGUGCUGAACAGGCAUGACAUAUAGAGAUUUUUGCCUUCAUAGUGGCCUUGUAAACAGUCAUUCGACAGUCCUGUGGCCCUCGGCUGGAGAGUUGCAGUAAUGUAAAGCUUACGGCGCAAUGUGGGCCCUGUUUCUGUUCUUGUGCCAUUAGUACACAGCAGAAGCGCAUGGGACCAGGGUGUGGUCAGGUUUAUAGUUGUUGAAGAGAUGGAUCUAGAGAGUUGUGGUUGUAUUGACAUGCUAGUUUUUAUAGGAAGUGCUGUCUGACACUGAGAAAUAAAAGACACAGAGCUGCGGCAAUGUUGUGUGAACAAAUUACUUUGCGAGUGAAGCUGGAAAAAGCCUUAAACAGCUUGCUGACUCGCAAGGUUUCAGCUUGAAAUGAGUAAAAUGUACACAGUGGUCCAGUACUCGCAUGCCCAGAAAUGUUAGCCCCAAAGAGUUCAUUUAUUUCUACAGCUUUGCUGGUGAUAAGCAUCUAAGGAUAAUAGAAAUAAUUUUAGCAUAUAUAGAGUAUAUACAUAGCAAUCAUUUUAGCUAACAUGUAUGUUAGCAUAUGUUGCCUGGGCCUGUGUCAUGAUGAUGGAAUCAAGAGAUAUUUGCUUUCUACUUGUAUUGCAAAAGUAGACCUAUAUCGUAAUAUAUGUCGACUCAUGGCCCCAUCACCGAGACAUUGUGCACUACCAUUUGCUUGCACAAGCAUGUAUAAAUUUUCUAGAAUAAAUUGAGAAAUUGCCCACCCCGCAAAAACUCUCCAGUCUGCACAAAGCCAUGGCUUACCCGUUUAUUAACUGUGUGCAGCAUUUGAUUGUUUAUUGUUCUGUGCUCUUUUCAGAAGAAAAUGAUUUGGUAUAGGUACACAGGUCACUCACAAUAAUUUGAAAGUGCCCUAUGAAAAUCAUAAGAGAACAUAAAAAAAUUUUUAGGAAAAGGAAGCAGUCAGAGAUGCUGUACUGACUACCAACUCUCAUGUUUAUUGUGCCAAAGGCAGUCUACUUACACAAAGAAAAGCAAGCAAACAAACAAAAGCCCAAGACCUUAAAAACUGUAAAAAAUGGAAGAAACUGUGAACUCGCCUUCACUUAUGCUGUUCGGCAAAGAAAUUUUGCAACUUUGCUUAGACAUAUAACAUAUUCAGAUUAUGGUUUCCCCCACUUUUAUUGUUUUAAGAACCUCACACUUGUGUUUGUUUUGUUGCUCUCUCCAUGUAUAUAACUGCCUUCUGCUCAAUAUGCAUGGCAGUUGGUAGUAAGCAAUGUGUCCAUGUCUACUUCCUUAUCUCAAUUUUUUAAGCAGCUUUUUUUUUUUGUCAUGACAAUUGCUCAUAAACUAGCUUACCUUUGUAACCUGUUGCCGUUUAUGAAAAAUUGCUGCUUUUGCACCGAGAGAUCGCCCACUCCACAUUUCCAGAUUACAUAUGUUUGCAGUGACUUGAGAUAUUACAGCAGUCGCAUUGACUUUCACUCUUUGCGACAACAACUUCGCAUGACGUUGGCGCAGCUCUAUGUUUCAAGAUGCCUUAAAAGACAGCAAGGAAGAGUGUGAAAGCGUUGCGUGGCAGAAAAGAAUUGUUAAAGAGUUGUUGUCCUGGAAAGUGCAAGGGGGACCACACCAGAUCGAGACUGAUGCAAGAGCAAUGUGCUAUGGCACGGUAUGCCUGUGUGUGCGCAUGUUGAAUCAUUGUAUCUAGAUGUUGUCUUUGAGCAUGCAGAAAACAUUGAAGUACCAUGUAUACUGGUUGUGUGCACCUUAGAGUGAAUGUAUUGUCACCUUGUUUUUGCUGCAGAUGUAGGGUGCUUUGCCUUUUGAGAUUUCUUUAAGGACAUGCGCAGCGUGGAAUGUAGCUAGGGUAACGGCAGCGUGGCUACAACUCGCUACGUGUGGCGUGAAUUUUCUCACACUAAAGGUCUCACGUGAGUCCCCAUAUAGACUGCCUUUUCAUGCCCAUGCUGGAAACAAGCAAGUUCAUUAAUCUGCCUAUUUACUUGAAAAGAUGUGCCGCUGCUCUUAGCUUUUGGAGUGCCUCAUUGCUAUUUCUUCUGUGUGUAUUUUUGACUUGAUAUGAACAUCUUCAAUAUCGGCUAUCUUCAAGGUGCUUAUGAAACUUUCAACAGUGCCAGCUGAAAGCAGUAAUUAUAACACAACAGAUCAGAAAACACCCAAUGAGAUUAAAGUACACUUUAGAAGCAUCAAAUGCACAGUUUUAAAAUGCUAGCAUGUAAGGCAGCAAACACAGGAAUGCAACUGGAACAAAUCUUCAGCUUGGCACCACCUGGUGUUGGUCUGUCAACAUAGCACCAUGUGCUGCUAUCAUUGCCAAAAUGCAUAUUCUGGGUAUCUGUCUCGAUCGAUUACCAUAUGGUACAAAAUAUACAUGCCAACAGUGCCAAGCUGAAAAUAUACCAGAAAUACAAUACACUCCGUGUGGUUGCAGCUUUAGAGAUCAUCAAUAGAGUAAUAUCCAAUAAACUGCCAGCAAGCUUUGGUGCAGUGCUUUAAAUAGGGUUCUGCCUCUCAUGCACUGCAGAGAAGCUUCAUACAGAUACUAAAAAAUAUAUGCUAUUAUGUAAGAAACUUAUUUGUGUGUGCCUUGUCUUCAUCUGUGCUCUCUGAUCUGGCAAGCUUGGCUCGUAUAUGCCCCUUAAUAUCUACAAAUUGGCCAUGCAGAGUCUCAUGGUCGUCAAAAUCAGUCUUUAUCUACACUGUUGUGGCACCUAUUCCUAUAAACAAGUACAACUAGCACGGAUUUUCAUAAGUAGGCAACCUGUAACUGCAGUUUAGUACUUCUGAGCUACAUCUCAGUUUCUUUUUCACCAAGACAAGCUUUUUGGUAAACACUGAGAGAGAACUUUGCAUCAUGGUGCCUUUUAAUGCAGUUUGAGUUGACUUGUAAGGCAAGGAAAGCUGCAAGCUGUGUUAGAAUCACCUUAGUCUAAAGCAGCGGGCAACAAGCGGGUCUAAAGCUCUGUUGCAGUUUGUUCAUAUGAGCAAAUAUAUGUCAUAGGAUACUUAGCAGUCAUUUGGACAUACCUGCAUGUUACAGCAUGUGCUAUGCAGUGUCAUUUGAUGUAGGCAGCUUACAUCCUGAGCAUGAAAGGCUUUGCACAUUUCACCUCAUAUCACACACUGAACUGUGCGAGCAGCCAUGGCUCUUAGACAAGAGCCACAAAAAUUCCCUGCUAAAGAAGACCCUGUAUGUGGCAGUUUCAAUAUGGGCUGCAAUUUCCUCAACCAGUCAGCCAAAUAGCUUAAUUCCAGAGCUUACACAUACUGAUAAAAACAAACCAUAAGAGGCCUUGUAAAAUACUGUGUAACUUCAGAAGUAAAAGUUUAUGCUGAGUUGAGUACCCAUCGUAAGUAGGCAGUCCUAUUGAAAAGUAAUAGCAAGUUUAUAUGUACACCAGCAUGAGAUGCAUUCAAAAUGUUCACAAACCAGUAGACACAGGUUUGAAGGAAGCUGAAAACUAAAUGAACAACAGUUGCACAAACACAGAGAAACAUCAUGCACGUCAAACAGUGCAUUGAAUAGUAGUGACUUGUGUUCCUUGAUUACAUCUCUCUGUUCACUUCAAAACUUUAGCGAAAGAGUGUCAGAGUAAAGGUGCACAUGCCAUAAUUUCUCAAAUAUAAAUAGAUCUUGUCAUGCACAAAUUUUGCAAUGUGGGCAAAGGUGCCUAGACUCACUAAAGGUUCAGAUAUUUUGUUAUAAAUUAAAUAGGACCACCCAAUGUCAUGCCACAAUUGAGAAAAACUGUGGUCUCCUAGGCAAAUCACUGUCCACCAUCACUGCAUUCUUUUAUCUGUAGUCGCUCAUUUUUUAUGUCUGGUGCUUGCAUCCAUUUAUUCAUACAUCGUUUUAUUUGAAGCUUUCCUGUCCUAAAACAGAAGCUUUCUUUGAUUCAAGAAAACAUGGUUACGUGAACUUAGCCUAGGAUGGUGCAUUAUAACCUGGCUUUCCAAUUCUGAGGCCGUUACUUGGCAGCAUUAGGAUGUGUUGUUGCAUGCAGAUGCAUUACUUCAUAAAAAAAAAGAAAAAAACCUGCGAACAUGUCAACAAUGCAUACUUAUGAUUGCCAAACUUAAAGCAGACAGCUUUCAUGUCUGGUUAAGCUUCUUGACACAAAGUUGCUAGGUGCAAUGCACAACAUGCUAUGGUAAUUUUAUAUGUGAGGCCAAGAUGUAGAUUCUGUCACAAUUCUUACAUAAUGUGUUUCUCUUUUGCCUUGCAUUACCAAAUGAUUGUAUGGCUUCCCUGCUAAACACAAAAGGAUUCUGCAAAUGCGAUAGAACAAAAGGAAUCUGAACUAAAAAAUGUAUUGAUUCGAGAACAGAGGAAGCCAUUGGAAAAGAGGACUUGACAGAAAACACACGAAGGCUAGGCCUGCCAGACACCUUUGAGGACACACACAUAAGUGAAAAGUAAUUUGAAGUACAAAAGCACAGUGCAGAGUGGUACAACAUCCGCUUAUUUUUUUUCCAUCCCGAUUGGACGGGAUGCUGCCAUGGAUCUAGCAGUUACAUGAACUGUGAGUUGGAAUGCUCCCAUAACCGUAAGAGUAACGAAGGCAAGAACACAGAGCUUAAGCUAUCCUAAUUUAUCUCACUCGUCUACAAAAACUGUUGUAGGUCCUUAAGUGCUCCCUUCAAGCACUGCAGUGUGCUUCUCGAUAUUCCUUCAAGUCCUGUAGGGCUGUACUUUGUGAGGAUUCCUUCUCAUUCCAUCCUUUUAAUUUUUCUAGUUAUCAGUCGCAACAAAUAGCCAAUCCCGGCAAUGACAUUUAAUGACAAGCUAAAGGAACAGGACCAACGC